AUGCGGACACAAAUAUCCGUUCUCGUGUACAAAGGCGUGCCAGUAGACUUCUCCAAAUACCGACACACAGCGCUGCGCGCACUCUACUCCGACGGCCAAUAUGAUUGGCUUCAUGUUGUCGGCUCACAUCCUUUCUUUAAAUUCCAAAAAGACAGCGAGAACCCCAUGUCAGAGGAGCCGAUAGCUUGGAUUACUGUGUGUACUGCGCCGAAUUCUGUCACCAAGGCGAAGAUUAUUUCUGCAUGUGCUUGCACGUCGGUGCGCAACAGCAAUAGUGACCGAGACUGGAACUGUCAAAACUGGGUUGGAGAUGCUCUGACUGAGCUCGUUAAGAUCGGCUGUUUGACCAACGAAGAGCGUGCAGCAGCCAUUAGUAAAAUGGUGGAGACUAUUUUGGAGGCGGAGCUGGAAGAUGAUGGGAUGUUUUAG